AUGUCACUGCACCAUAAUUCACGUGAAGCUGCUAUUCAGGACACUAGCAACUUGGAAAAUAGCAAUUCAUUGGUGCAAACUUCAUUAAUAACUUUAUCAGCAGAAAUUGAGGCGUUAUUUUCAACGCCAAAACGAGCUAAAUCGAGUAUUGGAACUGCUUUUUCGAGAGUUUCAGCAUACGCUUCAAAUGGUGAUAAAAAUAAACAAAUAACUCAAAGCAUCGCAGAAAUGAUUUGUCGGGACAGGCUUCCUUACAGUAUGGUAGAAGGAACAGGAUUUAAAAAGUUAAUGAAGACUGUGGUUCCUUUAUACACGGUUCCAUGUCGAAAAACAAUCUCAGAUCUCAUCGACACUAAGGAUAAAGAAAAGAAAGCCAUUAUUAAACAAACAUUAAGACCUAUUAAAAAUGUUCGACUCACAAUGGAUGAAUGGAAGGAUAUGCAGUUAAGAAGCUUUUUAGGUGUGACAGUGCACUUCGCAGAAAAUUAUGAAAUGAAAUCUAUGAGCAUCGCAUGUGAACUGCUACAUGAGAACCAUACCAGAGAAUACUUAUCGGAGAUGAUUCUCAGAGUAUGUAGAGAUUGGGAUUUAUCUAAUGACAAAAUUGUAAGUGUCACUACUGAUAAUGGCAGUAACAUAAUUAAGGCUAUUGAAAUUAGUUUGGGUCGGACAAAACAUAUUCGAUGUGUAGCACAUACACUGAAUUUAGUUGCUGAAAAUUCAGUGGACUCUACUGAAGUGAAAGAAUUUUUGGGUAAAGUUCGAAAAAUCGUGACUUGGUUUUACCAAAGCGGCGUAGGCGCUGAAAAGCUGCGAGAGUUGCAAAUACAGCAAAAAGUUCCCGAAAGAAAUUUGUAG